UGCCGCGCCGCCCCGAGCCGCCCCGAGCCGCGCCCCCCCCGUCCAACCAUGCUGGCGCCGGCGGCGGCGGAGCGGAACAAGGGCCCGAUCCUGGCGGUGCUGCGGGAGUACGCGGGGCCCGGCGCCGUGCGGGUGCUGGAGGUGGGGGCGGGCGCGGGGCUGCACGCCGCGCACUGCGCCCGGGCUCUGCCGCACGCCCGCUGGCUGCCCUCCGACGUGGAGCCGCGGGCGCUGCGCAGCAUCGCUGCCUACGCAGAGGCCAUGCAGGUGCCCAACAUGCUGCCGCCCAUCUACCUGGACGUCUCGCAGGGCUGGGAGACCUGGGGGGGCACCGAGCCCGCCACCCUCGACCUCAUCGUCAGCAUCAACAUGAUGCACAUCUCGGAGCUGCGGUGCACGGAGGGGCUGUUCAAGGGUGCCGGGGUGCUGCUGAAGCCCGGAGGCGUGCUCUUCACCUACGGGCCAUAUGCUGUGGAUGGCCAGAUCAGUCCCCAGAGCAACGUGGACUUUGACCGCAGCCUGAGGCAGAGCAACCCCGCCUGGGGCCUUCGGGACACGGCGCUGCUGCGGCAGCUGGCUGAGGCCAACGGGAUGCGCCUGGAGAGGAUGGUGGACAUGCCGGCCAACAACAAGAGCCUCAUCUUCCGCAAGCAGUAACCCGCCGCACCCUGCGGGCACCUCCCGGCACGGCUUUGCAAGGGGCCGGGCACGGCAGCGAGGGCGCAGUGCCCCGUGUUGCCCUGUGUCGCUGGGCUCGGACGGUGCUCUCGGGUGCAUCUCCUCUGGCUCCAUCCGUGGGACUCCCUGGGUGGCGCAGCGGGCACAGCCUGGGAGGGGGCGCAGCACGGCCGGGCGCAGGGUGCAGCUCUCUCCCGGUGCCGGUUUCCGUGUCUCUGGGCAGGCGCCGUGCCGAGGUGUGGGACCCCGUUCCCCACGUGGGACCAUGCUACUGCCCCCAAUAAAGUCUGGGGGGGCCGCGCCCCACCAGCAGCUUCCCAAGAGCUCCA